AUGGAGGCGAACGGAGGCGCGGGGAUACCCGCCGGGGCCGUGGCCUGUCCCGUCUGCACUCUGUAUCUGCGCGAGGGCAUCAGUCUGCAGAAGCACCUGGACACUCAUCCCAAGGAACAGGUUAUAGAGGCGCUCAUCAAGGCCAGUGCAGGUUCCUCGUUGCAGCAGCAACAGCAGCAGCAGCAACAGCAACAAGCCAUCGCACCAGUGCCGCUGCCAGCGGUAACGACACCGCAUGCGAUAUCAGCGUCGCUACCCCUGCAGGCUGCACCGCAGGCCCCUGCGUCCAUUCAAACGUCACAGUCAUCGGUCCAAGUAACGCAGAAUCACGCGACCAUCAGUACGCACACGCCGUAUCCCAUCGGGCCGAUCUUCGAGUGCCCGCCCAUGAUGCCGCCGCAGUUCACGUCGUUCAGUUAUCAGCAGUUUGUGAACAAUGGGACCAUGAUGAUACCGGCGCCGCAGUACGCGAUGGCGCCGCAAGCCAACCAGAUGAUGCAGAUGCUGUAUAAUCCAUACGGUAUGUACCAGCAGCAACAGAUACCCACCGUCCAAAUGAUCUCACCAGUUACAGCUAUCCCUGGCGCCUCGAGAAUUCGACCGGUGGCAGUGAACGUGGCGACUGCCGAGAGCAACGGCAGGACCACCCUGGCCGUUUCCCCGAGCAGCCCCGAGCCGAAGCAAAUCCUGCCGGAGAUCCUGUCGGAGGCCGAGCCCGAGACCGAGCCCGAGACCGGACAGGUCUCGGCCGUGCUGCAAAACGAGGACACGUCCGUCAGGCGGGACGAGGGCAACGAUAGCGCGCUACAGAUCGAUCAUCGAGUGCAGCAGGACACGCGGGGUACCACGCCUGUCGACGAGAGCACCGCGCAGCACGAGUACAACGGCAUUCCUAGAUCCAUCACGAUCACGUGCGCCAUAAACAACCCCGACGACGACAAAGUAGAAAGAGUGUUGCCGGACAUGGAGGACGAGGACGAGCUAAUGAACGAUAUCGCAACGGUAGACCUGCGGUGUAAGUCCACCACGUACGAGCAGUCGGAGACGCAGCAGUUCUCGCAACAGGUUCAGGAAGACGACUACGCGAGCGUGGCCCUGCCCAGUAAGAAGAGUGGCAUGACGGGCGACGUUGACGAAGUUAUGGUUUGCGAAAAUGGUACGGAAAAGACGAGCGAUGAGAGACCCGCGAGUCACAACAGCGUCGACUGCAACGUCGCGCCGUCGCAGGAUCUGGUGGCGGUGGACGAUCCGAAAGAGCCAACCCAGCCCGAACUCAACUCGGUGGAGAAGCUGAAGAAUUUCUUGUCCAUCGUGGACAUGCAGUUUAACGCUUCGCAGAAGGAAGGUAGCGCGCAGAACAAUCAGGCGGAGAAAUUGAGUGCUAAGGAGAAACCGUCGAUAGACAGAGAGGAGAGCGUGAUCCACAACACCGUCGUCACGAUUCCGGGUUCCCAUGAGAAGGAUCAUAUACUGCCCGACAUGCAAGAGCCCGAGAACAACUCAUGGUAUCCUUAUCUGGAUGAUGAGUUGAGAAGAUUGGACAAGUCUUGUCAUUAUUUGUGCAAUACGGAAUGCUCGAAAAUGGACGACGAGUUGAAACGGCUGGAGAAGAGCCUCCAUAAUUUCUACAAGAACAACAAGCACAGCUUUUCAGCACCGCCGUCUCCCGUCACGAGGAAGAAGCGUCGUAGGACGUUGCGCCAUGGCGCACGAUCUGAAUUCGGAUCGCGUGAAAAUCUCAGCACAUAUCAUCAUCGUGCCGGUUUCGACGACGCGACAAUCACGCAUGACGACGAUGACGAGGACGAGGAUGACGAUGACGAUAUGGAUGACGAUGAGAAGACCGAUAAGGAAGAUAAUUUUGAUGAAGCAGAUAUGGAGAUUGAAGAGAUUCCCAGUCCGCACACACCCUUCGCGAGAUACGGCUGCGACAACGCGGACGGUAACACGAGAUCGCACACCCCAUUGUCCGCAAUCAGCGGCAUCUCUGUGCUAAGGGUCAGGAAGGAUCUCAGCAAACCCUGCUCACCCAGAUCCGUGCGUUCGUUUCAUCACGUGGACAGUGAUAGCAUAAGUCAAGACGAGGAUAGUAAUGGUGUAGAUAAUAAUAUUAUAGAUAGUUCGAUGGAAAAGGAUCCGAUCGAUUGUUCCCACAUUGACGAGGAGAUAAAGACUGAUCAACAACAACAGCAAGAAAAGCGUGCGAGCGCAUGUGAAAGCAAAAGUCAGGACAAGAGUCAGGAGCCGAGUAGCUCUACCGCGUCGCACGGUCAUCAUCAGUCGGUGAUAACCGAGCACAUUAGUUCAUUCCCUGUGAUUCACUCGCAGCAAUCUGCCUCGACGCACGUCGAGCCACGUCCCGUGACGACGAGCACCAAGACACAAAAUCUCCUGAAUUUGCCCGAGUCGAGCAGACCCACGACCAGCGCCGAGUCCAAGAGCUACCACUCUUCUGCCAAGUCGUCGAAGCAAUCGACGGAGCUGCUCAAUAUAAACGAGGAUGCUCAUGCUGGACCGAUGAAUGUCUUCGAGUUCGAUGGACUACAAAUAUUAGUUCCUAGUACAUUUAUAAGUGACUCGUCCCAGAAAGCGGUGAGUGCGACUAGCCAGCAAUCUAUGGCGAGUAGCGAGGGUGCAAUAGGUGCCGACGAAGAGGUGAAGAGUAUUAAUAUGCGCGCUGACGAGACCAUGCCACCCAGAGGUGAAUUGUCGGAACAAGAAAGCAAUGGAUGUACAGAGCCGUCUGCAUGGCAGCUCUACAUGGGUCAAGAAUCUUCACGUAUGUCUACCUCUUACGAUCUGUUGGCACGUGAGAGCUGGGAGGAAUCGGAGGGAUCCGAUAAUGAGAUCAGCGGGCCAUUAUUGGACAGCAGAUCGUUAGCCACGCACUUCACAUCGAGCUUGUUCCUGGAUCGGGAUCGCAAGACACCGACCAAACGGACGUUCAAGUGUUCCCAUUGUAAUGAGGUGUUUGAUUGCCCGAAGGAGCGCAGAGUUCAUAGUACAACGAUGCACAAGGAAGCAAUGGCUAGCAGCAGCAGAGACCACAUGGAUCAGCCGGAAGUGAAGGAUAUCAAGCUACUAGAUAAUCGUGUUAACAUGUUCGAUGAUAUAUUUAUGCCGGGUCUGCAACAAAUAUACCAUCAUCAGCAACCGUUACUGCACCAGUUACAGCCGCCGUCGCAGCCAUCGGACGGGCUGACGAAGGCCGAGGCCGAUCAGAAGAUCGGCGAGAACCUGGCGAUUCCGCUGAACAUCGAGGUGAUCUGCUCGAUAUGCAAUCAACGGUUCAACAGCGAAAAGUCCCUGCAGGUGCAUCACCGGCGCAUGCACAUAGCCGAGGUGAAUAAACGCAUUCGCGAAACCGCCAAGUGCCAGAUAUGCGACGAGGAGUUCCCAUCGGUGGUGUUGUUCAACUCGCAUCUGAAGAUACAUCCGUUGGAGUGCGCUCAGUGCGGCAAAUACUUCUACCGCAAGCAGAACUUCAAGCUUCACAUGAAGCGGCACCUGGGCAUCAAGCCGUUCCCCUGCACCGUGUGCGACAAGGCAUUUCUCACCAAGCAGAAGCUGGAGGAGCACACGAACGGGCACACCGGCAAGGCGCCGGUGAAGUGCAGUCUGUGCAACGAGACCUUCCGCAGGUACUCGAAUCUGACGCAGCACAAGAACCGGCAUCACCUCAACAUCAAGAAGAAGCUCAAGGAUUACAUAUGCCAUUGCGGCGAGGUGUUCCACACGAAGAAGAAGCUCGCCUGGCACAAGGAGACGCACGACGAGAAGCCGAAGGCGUGCUCGUACUGCAACGAGCGUUUCAUCCACAUGGCCAGCCUGACGCGCCACAUGCGCCGGGCCCAUAACCGCCGGUUCGUUCCCGACGCGCAGCGCGAGAACGAGAACGUCGAGUGCCCCGUGUGCAAGUGCAUCUACUUGCGUUCGUCGCUGGCGGUGCACAUGCGCGUGCACAACGGCGAGCGGCCGUACGAGUGCCAGGUCUGCUCCAAGGCGUUCAGUACCAAGUGGAACCUGCAGCUGCACAAGUGGACGCACGCGGCACGCAGCACCAAGCCGUUCAAGUGCAAUCAGUGCAGCGCGGCGUUCUAUCGUCACAGCGAUUACACCGCCCACAUGAACUCGCAUCGUAACGUGCGGCCGUACACGUGCAACUAUUGCGGCGCGCAGUUCAUACGCAAGUACAACUGUCUGCGGCACGUGAAGGAGCACGAGGAGAACAAGGCGUACACGUGCGACGUGUGCAACAAGACCUUCCAUCGCUCGUACUAUCUCAAGGAACACUUGCGAGUGCACUCGGGCGCGCGGCCAUACACGUGCCACAUCUGCGGCAAGUCCAGCGGCACCAAGUCCAAUCACAACAAGCACGUGCGGAUCCAUCACGCGCGCGAGCCUGUAAAUACCGAGAACUAAACGAGGAGAAGAGCCUUGCGUUAGGACCUGUUACUUAUGUGUUUGUUUGUUGUACGUGCUUUCGUCGCGGUGGUUCGUGAUGGAGUAGGACGAUUCUCUGCGACGGCAUCUCUUCGGCGGCGCUGCGCGUAGAAUGCGCAGCGAAUCGUAGCAGACAUCCGAGGAACCGGGACUACGCUCCUUCUGCCUCGAGCAGAUAUCUCGAAGUCGGCAUGUGAUCUUGCCGAGUUCACCUCUCUCGACGCUGCAGACACUCAUGUGCCUACAGCGCGCUCGGAAAGUAAGCUCACCGAAUAGCGGUCGCGGCACGGUGACAGUCCCUGCUUCGCUGAACGCUAACUCGAUUCGGUCCGAAUUACGUAGGACAGCUGUAACUGCUUAGGGUGAUUUGUGUGCUGUCCUUUUUUUUAAAUUGUAGAUUAAUAUUAAUUAUAAUGCACGUUGCAACUCCGAAAAAAUUUAGAGAUUCCUUAGCGCUGAAUCGACGAAUGAUAGUGCAAGUGGCCGUCGAUGUUCCAUGUCGCGCUCAAUCGGAGUACGCUUGAUAUUCGGAGGACAUAUAGCGAAUAUAUUCGUGGCAUGUACCCGCGUGCAUGCGCCAAUAACGAUGACAGAACUAAGUAACGGUAUCCGAGUGCUGAGUCUGAAGCGCUGGGUCUACUGUUAAGAUUUUUACGUUAUAUACGCGUCGCACAUUUUUAAUAUUAUUAUGCUAAAAACAAAGUAUAUGAAUCUUUUAUAUAUCCGAAAGUGUCUUAUGAUAGCACUUAAAGCAUUGCCAUAUAUAGAAUAACUCGAAGGCAUCGUUAACUUUGCCAUCCGUGUGGUUUAAUCCUAGAUAAGUAACUUCAUCUUAUCGAAGGUUUUCUUUCUUUUUUUAAAUUGAAUCCCUAUUGAGUUGCUGUUAUAUCAUUAGUUUUCUCGUUAACGACUGCAAAGUAUUUUUAUUUUCGUGAAAUUGCUUAACACGUCAUUUCGUAUGUGUAAACUAUACAUUUAAACUGCAUUAAAAUGUGAUUUUAGUUUUACUUGAGUUAGCACUUUAAUUCUUAGAUACCUAAGCGUUUGAGUUUGACGAGAGAGCUCGGACAAGCUCCAUAUAAAACUUUUUUGUUUUUUUUUAUAACGAUUAAGUACAAAAAUAUAUUUCAAAUAAAUUUCGUAUUUAUUAAUAUUUAUGCUUUUUAUCUCUUCCUUUUUAAGGUAUCAAAUUAUAAAUGUGCAUGUGCUAAUAUAUGAAUGAAAUUGUGAAGAAAAUUGUUGACAUGAGAUAUCUAAACGAUCUAUUUGGCGUAGGUAUCUAAGAAUUAAGCACUAUAAUAAAUUGUUUAUAUUUAUAUUAUCAAGAAAUCUUGAUUGUACGGGGUUGGGAUUUUAUUAUGUUACAUGUUACUUUUUGAAUAUUUGCGUAUUGUGUAGGUCCAGUGACUUGAGACUUUAAUUAUAUCCAAGAUAAUGACAAAUUUUAACGAGGAUUAUCUAUUAUAAUCUAUGUCACAAAGACUCUCCAGUAAUUCCUGCGGUGGAAAGGCUGCGCAAUGAAGGAACACGUUUGCCAACUAAUAGUAUAAUUAAUUAUAAAGGUAAUUAAUCUUCAAUAAAAAAUACUUAAAGAGGUAUGCGCGGAGCACUUUUAUGUGUUUCGAUGUGAGGUUGUAAAGAAAUUUAUUUGACAUCUGUUUUACGUGGGAGGUGCGUGCAAGUCUAGUGUGUUGGGCGUCGUUCGCCCAACGUAGACUCAACAUAGGUAAUGGGACGGCUCCUAUCGAAUUGCGUUCAAUUUUAAACGCAAGGGCCUACAAAUUAAUAUCAUUAUCGACUAUCACAUAAUAGUUACGGAUCUUAGUUGUUAUUCUUCUAUAUUUAUAUAUUUUGCAAUGCAUAUAAGGCCGUAUUUUAUUGGUUACUAUAAUUCCAAGACUGAUCGGUGUUGGUUCUUCGCAUAUUGCUCUCUAAUAUAAAUCAAAAUAGUUGCACAUUUACCUGUUUUAGUCUAAUAUCGGCGCUUCCGUUCGCGUGAUGUGAUACGCUGUAUGUCAUUACUUCUGGAAGAGAAACAAAAGGAUGUAAAUCCAAUCAUCUUUUCUUUUACAAAGAAAUCAAGGAUCCAAGACUCUCUCUGUCUUCUCAUCAAAAAUACAAAUAAAAAAUCAAGGAAUUAUAAAAAAAAUAUUUCUUCUAUAUCACACAUAGAAUAAUCUUUUGAAUAAUUGUUUUGGAGAUGUUUUAUGUAGAAUAUACAUUGAUUAUUUAUAAAACUGGAUCCCUUUAUUGUAAGAUACAAAUCGAUAAUGGAUUUACUACCUUCUGAUACUCACUGUAUUUCUCAAGCAUAAACAUGUCACAUGUACCAAGUCAUAUGCCGCUUGCAACAAACAAUCAGACGAAUGUCUUGUAAUACAGAUGACAUUGUUAACUUAGGUAAAUGUACGUGUAACUCGUUAGUGCGAAAAGCGGAAAUGCCCAAUGAGUUAAUUGUAAGAUAUUAUCGUCGAGCUUUUUGUUGUUUUGCUGUAAGGGAAGCAAUAUCGAAUAGAGGAUAUAAAGCUGUCUGAAAUACCGUACUUGUUAUCGUGCGAUCGUUUGGUUGAGCUUGUGUGAAACAAAUUGCGUGCUAAAAAACGAGUACCAAUUAUGAAUUUUAGGACUGGCGACCAAUGAGAAGCUAGCUAGUAAAUGUAAUAAAAAGCACAAACUUGGAAGAGAGAGUCCGUUCGAUGAAUAAUUUGGCAACAAUUCUACGAGAAUUUUUUAAGGAUGUUAAAUGUGACACAGUUUGUGAAAAUCGCGCUACACACGACUACAUGAAAUUUGCCUAGAAGAUAUUAACCCUUUGUGCUCGAAACGUACAUCGUCCGACAUUAUUAGAUAUCUCGUAGUAGAGGAAACGUGCAUUUUUACUUUUGUUAUCCUUAAAAUCGUUGAACUCGUAAAAUUCUCACUGCUCAGCUAAGAUUACAACUUGUUGACGAUUAAGAUAGGAAGAGUAUAUAAAUAAUCGAGGGAAAAAAUUAUACAUACACUAUAGAAAAAAAAAGUUGUGAGAGGUAUUAAAUUUUGUGCACAGAAGGUAUCUCGCUAGCUCUAGAAGAUAUAGGGUGCGUUCGGGGAGACGCUAUCAGCGCUAGUAGCGCUGAAAAUCUAUAGUAUACGUGACAUGACUAUAGAGUUUUAGCGCUGAUAGUGAGCUCCCCGAACACAGCCAUAGACUGUGCACCGAUAAGAACAAUCACACGUUGAAAACAAGUGCGAGUGUGACGUGAUAAAACGAGGAGAGCGUCUGCCGAGUGAUGUGUGUAAAUACGCGAAUCAUUAAGUAGAUAGAGAAUAUCGAUGUCGUGUUCACAGCAAGCCGAAAUCUAUCCCUAAAGUGUCACUUGCACGUUUCGCAGAAUUCUCUUUCGGCGUGUCUACUGCUACCCUCUCAUCUGGUACUCCCGUCCCUCGACGAUAUUCAAGCGCAAAGGGCUAAAUUAUCUUCCUUUUGAUUCUACAAUGUGCACGCGGAAUGUAUUGACGAUAUUUCUGUGAUUGAUGUUUUUAUUGAUGUAUGUAGUUUGAUUGAUUCUGUGUAAAUCGUAAUGAUUUUUGCAUCCAUAAAAUCCGGCAUACCGUCAAGCAAACUCGAACUUCUCAGACAACCCAGUGAAGAGGAUUUGAUGAUAUGUGAUGGAAAUUCCAGGUAGCUUGCGGAACCCACCUGUAACCAACAUCGACGUCCAAAUGUGCAAUUGUUUAGUUAAAACGACAUACGUAUUCGUAACCGAGUGCUGUUGUAAAUAAUGUAAAUAUGUACAUUAGUUCUAUUUUAUAAUAGGGCCAAUGAAUUGAUUUGACACAAUUAAGUAUCAUGAAUGAAUAUAUAUAUAUACUUGAUCUACGUUAUAAGCAGAUAAAGAUAGGGUAAUAUUAUCAUUAAAAAGAAAAAAAAACAAUAAAUCAACAUAUGUACACCUUAAUAAAAUUUUAUGUAUUGAGGUA